AUGACCAAUUUCUUCUUUUGUUUUAUUCUUAUUUUUCUUUCAAUACUUCCAUUUACUGUUUCCAAGGUCAUUCAAGUCAGUUUGACUGGUAACACCACGACACUUCUUUCUGCUUGCAAACAAGCAGCACCUGGAGAUAUUAUUGAAUUUACAAGUGGUUUAUACCCUCCACAAGAAGUCCCCAAAAACACGACAGGUACAUAUGAUAAGCCGAUUAUAAUUCGCUCUGCAUUAAAUGCCAAAGUGACCUUUGAGACGUUUACGGGAGAUAAAUACGUCUUUCAAGUGUUCAAUUCGUCCAAUAUAAUAGUUGAAGGACCUUUUAUUGUUCGAAGUGGGACAUGGCUAAGUGUGAGUGCUCGCAAUUCCACGAAUGUGACAAUUUCUAAUUUUAGCAUCUAUAACUCGACAAAUUGGGCUAUUUUUGCUUCGGGGGUAAAUAUAACAAUAAAAAACAAUUUUGCUGACGGCUGUGUUUUGGCCCACGAAAAUUGCAAAACGGACAGUUGGCUUCAGUGUUUUGGGACUGCGGCGAUCGACUCCUAUGCGCCCAUUUUGUCUUCAAAUAUCGUUUUUGAGAACAAUGAAAUAAUCAAUGCAUGGGGAGAAGCAAUAGACGUCAUUUUAUGUACAAAUUGUGUUGUUAAAAACAAUUAUUUACAUAAUAACAAUUGGUGUGGCAUUUACGUUGACAACUCGUGUAAUGUUAUAAUAGAAAACAAUGAAAUGAGGUAUGACACUUCGCAUCGUUAUUCGUGUUCAAAGGAUAAUCGAUUUCAUGGUAUUGGAAUUGGCAAUGAAGACUGGCCAGUUAAAUGUGUUUCAACGACAAAUAUCACUGUGAGGAAUAAUUUAGUGUUAGGCGCACCUUUUGGAAUAGGAUAUUGGGGGUGGAGUGAUGUUGCUUAUUACAGUGAUAUCACCAUUGCAAAUAAUAAUUUUGUGAAUGUCGAUAAAGGCGCAUUGGACUUUAAAUCCGAGUGUGUUGUGAAGGGAAAAACUCGAAAUAAUCAAUUCAAGAAUAACUUCAUUUACUCAACUUUAAAUCAGUACACGGCUGUUAUUAAUAAAAGUGAGGAAAACACGUGGAAUAUAUCGAGUAAUGUUUAUUAUGGGGGAUACGAGAAGAUAUUACAAGAUACUUGGAAUGGAAGUGAUGGCAAUGCACAUUCGAUUCAUCUGAAAGAAAAUGAAAUGUCUUUUGAUACUAUUUUUCAAAGGGGAUUGUUCAGAAAUUGUUCAAAUGAAAGUUAUUAUAAUUGGGAUGUUGAAAGUUAUUGUUUAAUACCUCAAAAACAGUCGAUUUUAAAAAAUAAAGGAGUGUUUGUAAGUUACUCGGAUUUGGAUGGGAAGGUAGUUACUGAUUUCUUCGGUUGUGCAAGAAAUAGCUUGAAACCAAGUGUUGGAAUGUCAGAAGGAGAUCAUGUUUGUAACAUUGAUGGAACCAAAAAUUUGUUCGUGGUUAUGGUGGUUGUCUGCACGAUGUUGUUAUUCCUUUAA